UGCCUUAAAACCCCCCCCAUAGAACAGCUAGCUCCCUCUAGAGUUCUGCUCUCACACCCACAUCCUCUCCCCAUUCAGGUGGAAACAGCUGCCUGUUUAGCUCCAGGCUCCAAUGAAACACUUCUGCUGUGCCUCCCUCCUCUCCCCAAGCCAGGGUCUGCCGUCGCCCACCCCGCCCGAGAUGGAGGCAAACGCAGCGGGCGGUGCCGCCGGGGGCGGUGGGGGCAGCGGCAUAGGGGGCGAGGACGGGGUUCACUUCCAGAGCUACCCCUUCGACUUUCUGGAGUUCCUCAACCACCAGCGCUUCGAGCCCAUGGAACUGUACGGGGAGCACGCCAAGGCGGUGGCCGCCCUGCCCUGCGCCCCCGGGCCGCCGCCCCAGCCCCCGCCCCAGCCCCCUCCGCCCCAGUACGACUACCCGCCUCAGGCGACCUUCAAACCCAAGGCGGAGGCGCCGUCCUCGUCCUCGUCCUCCUCGUCGUCGUCCUCGUCGUCGUCGUCCUCGUCGUCGUCCUCCUCGCAGGCCAAGAAGCCCGACCCGCCCCUGCCGCCCGCCUUCGGGCCCCCUCCGCCCCCCCUAUUUGAUGCUGCCUUCCCCGCCCCGCAGUGGGGCAUCGUCGACCUGUCUGGACACCAGCACCUUUUUGGGAACCUGAAACGCGGAGGGCCCGCGACCGGGCCGGGGGUGACCCCGGGGCUGGCCUCUCCCACCGGGACCCCGGGGCCGCUUCCCGCCCCCUCACAGACCCCUCCGGGGCCCGCCGCAGGGGCGGCGGCCUGCGACCCGGCCAAGGACGACAAGGGCUACUUCCGGAGGCUCAAGUACCUGAUGGAGCGGCGCUUCCCCUGCGGCGUGUGUCAGAAGUCCUUCAAGCAGUCCUCGCACCUGGUGCAGCACAUGCUGGUGCACUCAGGCGAGCGGCCCUACGAGUGCGGCGUCUGCGGCCGCACCUACAACCACGUGUCCAGCCUCAUCCGCCACCGCCGCUGCCACAAGGACGUGCCGCCCGCUCCCGGGGGCCCGCCGCAGCCCGGGGCGCCCCUCCCGCCGCUGGGCCUGCCGGGCGUGCCCCCUCCCGCGGCCGGGGGCGGCGAGGGCCCGUUUGCCUGCCCGCUGUGCUGGAAGGUCUUCAAGAAGCCCAGCCACCUCCACCAGCACCAGAUUAUCCACACCGGCGAGAAGCCCUUCUCCUGCUCCGUGUGCAGCAAGAGCUUCAACCGCAGGGAGAGCCUCAAGCGGCACGUGAAGACGCACUCUGCCGACCUCUUGCGCCUGCCAUGCGGCGUCUGCGGGAAGGCCUUCCGCGACGCCGCCUACCUGCUCAAGCACCAGGCGGCCCACGCGGGCGCGGGCGCGGCGGGACCCCGGCCCGUGUACCCCUGCGACCUGUGUGGCAAGUCGUACUCGGCGCCCCAGAGCCUGCUCCGCCACAAGGCGGCGCACGCCCCGCCCGCCACCGCCCCGGACGCGCCCAAGGACGCGGCGGCCGCGGUCGCGCAGCCCCCGCCAGCCUUCCCUGCAGGCCCCUACCUCCUGCCCCCGGACCCUCCGGCCACGGACAGCGAGAAGGCCGCGGCGGCCGCGGCGGCCGUGGUGUAUGGCGCCGUGCCCGUCCCGCUCUUGGGGGCGCACCCGCUGCUGCUCGGCGGGGCUGGCACCAGCGCGGCGGGCGGCGCGGGCGCCAGCGUCCCCGGAAAGACUUUCUGCUGCGGCAUCUGCGGGCGGGGCUUCGGGCGACGCGAGACCCUGAAGCGCCACGAGCGCAUCCACACCGGCGAGAAGCCCCACCAGUGUCCCGUGUGCGGGAAGCGCUUCCGGGAGUCCUUCCACCUGAGCAAGCACCACGUGGUGCACACCCGCGAGCGGCCCUACAAGUGCGAGCUGUGCGGCAAGGUCUUCGGCUACCCGCAGAGCCUCACCCGCCACCGCCAGGUGCACCGCCUCCAACUGCCCUGCGCCCUGGCUGGGGCUGCGGGCCUCCCGGCCACGCAGGGUGCGCCCGCGGCCUGUGGGCCAGGCGCCUCGGCCGCCUCUGCCGGGGCCGCCGAUGCCCUGAGCUAUGCCUGCUCGGACUGCGGCGAACACUUCCCGGAUCUCUUCCACGUGAUGAGCCACAAGGAGGCCCACAUGGCGGAGAAGCCGUACGGCUGCGAUGCCUGCGGCAAGACCUUCGGCUUCAUCGAGAAUCUCAUGUGGCACAAGCUGGUCCACCAGGCUGCCCCCGAGCGCCUGCUCCCGCCCACACCCGGGGGUCCCCAGCCCCCGGAUGGCUCCAGCAGCGCCGACGCGGCCAGCGUGCUGGACAACGGGCUGGCGGGAGAGGUGGGGGCGGCCGUGGCUGCCCUGGCGGGGGUGUCCGGGGGUGACGACGCCAGCGGGACGGCGGUGGCGGGGGGCGGCGGGGGUGCCAGCUCGGGCCCUGAGCGCUUCAGCUGCGCCACGUGUGGCCAGAGCUUCAAACACUUCCUGGGCCUGGUGACUCACAAGUACGUGCACCUGGUGCGGCGGACCCUAGGCUGUGGCCUCUGCGGCCAGAGCUUCGCCGGUGCCUACGACCUGCUCCUGCACCGCCGCAGCCACCGGCAGAAGCGGGGCUUCCGCUGCCCGGUGUGCGGCAAGCGCUUCUGGGAGGCGGCCCUGCUGAUGCGCCACCAGCGCUGCCACACGGAGCAGCGGCCCUACCGGUGCGGCGUGUGUGGCCGAGGCUUCCUGCGCUCCUGGUACCUGCGGCAGCACCGCGUGGUGCACACCGGCGAGCGCGCCUUCAAGUGCGGCGUGUGCGCCAAGCGCUUCGCGCAGUCGUCCAGCCUGGCGGAGCACCGGCGGCUGCACGCCGUGGCCCGGCCCCAGCGCUGUGGCGCCUGCGGCAAGACCUUCCGCUACCGCUCCAACCUGCUGGAGCACCAGCGGCUGCACCUGGGGGAGCGCGCCUACCGUUGCGAGCACUGCGGGAAGGGCUUCUUCUACCUGAGCUCGGUGCUGCGCCACCAGCGCGCCCACGAGCCGCCGCGGCCCGAGCUCCGCUGCCCUGCCUGCCUCAAGGCCUUCAAGGACCCCGGCUACUUCCGUAAACACCUGGCGGCGCACCAGGGCGGACGGCCCUUCCGCUGCUCCUCCUGUGGGGAGGGCUUCGCCAACACCUAUGGCCUCAAGAAACACCGCCUGGCGCACAAAGCCGAGGGCCUCGGGGGACCUGGGGCAGGGGCGGGCGCCUUGGCCGGAAAAGAUGCCUGACCAGGAGGGGGUUCCCAUCCGCCACUCCAAUCAGAUGUCCCCUCUCAACCCCUCCCCUCCUUCUCUCCAGUUGCUGAUCAGACUCUUAACCCCUCCUCGCUGUUGCCCAGCCAUCCUUCAGAACUUCGGACAGACUAGCCUCCUUGCAGGCUCGUGCCGCACAGACUCCGGUCCCGGACGUCUCCGGCCCUCCCCUCAGCCCGUCAGACACUGAACUUGACCCUCCGUCCAACUCCGUUUUGUAACCUUCAUCGGCGCCCCCUCCCCCAGCAGCAUUCUGUCCCCCCCCCGAUAAGCUUUGGUGGAGGAUGUGGCUCUGAACUGCCCUUCCCCAUUCCUUUGGGAUCUGGCUGGAACCGAGUAUGCGUGGAGUUGGGAGGGCACAAGGGGGACUGGGUGCUCUUUUGGAUUGUGGGGGUGGGGGCGGGGUGGUAGACGCGGCUUGUACAGAGCGGAGAAUAAUAAAUCGUAUCAACAGGGCUACCAGAGUCCUUUCUUGUAUCCCAGGGAGAGGGGAUUAAGCGCUGACAAAGUUGAGAACUUUUGUUUCCCAGGGAUUUUGAUUCCCCCACACCCUCUGCCUCACCCUCAGGCUUUCUGCUUUGCCUCAUCCAAAUGACAAUUACUGAGGAUUUACCGUAUCCAAGCUUCAGUCUGCACGUUGGGCAAAGGGAGAUGAACAAGACAGGUAAGUUUCUGUUCUCAGAAACUCACAGUGUGCCUGGACUCCUUCCCCUUUUGAGAUGUUUUUGGCCUUUGUUCGUCUGGCCCACAUUUCCAGAAGCCCUCCCCCACCCCCCCAACGUCUGCUGGGUCCUUCACUGGACACCGGGGAAACAUGAAUUGGACACGCUCCUUGCCCUCAAUGGAGGAGAACCCCUGUGUUCCCGCGUCGCACAGACUCCUCGACCAUCGCACCCAUCUGUCCAGGAUAAUUGGGAGGGGCUUCAAAAGCCCUUCCACGGCGCUCACUUCCGUUGUUGGAACAGCGAGCCAGCUAUGUGCUCUCUGUGUUGUUAUCCCAUCUGUCAGAAGAGGAGGCGGAGGUCCUGGAGAAGAAAGAGGCUCCAGGGACUCCCAGCAAAUCCACAGUAGAACGGGGACUGCAGGCCCAGGGUGCUCAGUGCUGGGACUGGAAGACAAAGCUGGUUCAGGGGGCAUGGCCUGGGCAGGUUCGGCUUGACCCACUCCGGGGCAGCAACCUAGUGUGGCCAACCUAUGGCAAUGCUGAAGACCUGGACUGAGAGAGUCCUUGUGCCAGGGCCCCAGGGUUCAAAAGUCCCACGGACCCAGAGCCACACCACGAAACGUCCACAGGAUUGUCCCUGAGGGCAGAGAGCAUGGAGGAGUCGCUUUGUGAGGCUGGGGGGUAGCCAAGCUCCCUGGAGGAGAAACUAAUAAUGCCUGAACAAUAACAAGCCACAGAAGCUCGCCAGGUAAAGUGGGCACAGAAUUCUGGGUGGAGGGUUGAGUGUGUUUAACUGAACCCAGCUGUUACAGAGAAUUUCAGUGAGGACUAUGGCUGGGAGGUUGGGGGGUGGGGGGGUGGGUGUGGGAGGCUGGAUCCUGAAGGGCUUUGAAUUCCAAACUAGCGCUUGGGUGAUCUUGUAGGCCAGAGGCCGGAAGCUGGCAGCUGUUGGACACAAGCCACUGACAUGCUUUGUUUAGCCCAUGCAUUAAAAAAUUAAUAAUAAAGUUUGACUUAGUUGUCAUUUGAAAA